GUUCAUGUUAUAAUUGAGCCAGUCGGCACUCCCUGCGUGGAGUUUGCAUGUUCUCCCUGUGUUUGCGUGGGUUUUCUCCGGGUCCUCCGGUUUCCUCCCACAGUCUAAAAACAUGUACAUAAGUAAAUCGUAAUACAGUCACAAGCACUUAACGUAUACAUAGCAAAAGGGGGCACUCAAGAAACACCUGAUCUCGUAUCCCUCCUAAUGCUCAUUGACCAGGCGGGAACCUCGGGCUCAUCUAUCUCCGAGCUCAGGGUUCUCUCCCGGGACAGCAUGCCAAACCUGCUAUCAUAGUCGAGCAUUAUCUAAGUGUGAACUCUUGAAACCCCUUUAGAACAGGCCUGAAUUUAGGACAAUUGACCACCUUCGCCUCACAUUUGUCUGUCAGUGAUGAUCUAAUCACCGCCAUAUUAUUUUCUUCAGAAAUAGGUCAGGAGGUCUGGUUUGACUUCCGUCCUCUUCGGCGUUGGAGUUAUGCACGGUUGCUGUCAUUACACAGAGAGGCUUAGGGAUCUGUCAGAGACGUUAAGAGAGCUGGUGUGGCUUCGUUCUGCCUAACAACAGGAAGUACACUUUUUUUUUUUGCACAGGAUGUGGUUUCAGACAUGCAAGUGUAGGAGGAAGAGGGGAGGGCUGGGAGAGAGUGCACAUCUACAUUUUGCUCUUUGAAAAGUUGGAACAGGUGCUUUUAAGAUUUAUGGUCUGAUUUUUAUUGUCAGACUUUUUUAUUUAUCGUCAUUUCUUGUCGUAUAAGAACGUCUGAAGAUGCUAUGAGAGAGGAAAAGAUGGAGCCUGAAGAGACGGAGGUUGAUUCAUCACCUUCCUGGUCUCCUAUAAGUAGAGAUAGACUCCUCACAUGUGCCAACUUGUCAGAUUUUGCCGGGAAGAAAAGAAAACAAGACCCAAGUAGUGAUGCUGAGAAUUCAGCCCGAAUCUUGGAAGACUGUGAAGAAGAUGACUUUCCCAUCAGCGACCACAUGCAAGAUUCUGAGGGUCCAUGUAAUAAAAGAGUUAAGCCAGUGGAUAAAGGUGCUUCAGUCACUGGGAUCAUAACCCCAGUGAAGACCCCAGCUCUCAAACGCUUGGGCCAGUCCAUACAGCGUUCUAUCAGUUUCCGGACAGAGGCCCGGCCAUUGCCUCCAAUGCCAAUGAGAUCCCGUCAAAAGGCUUCUUCAUUCCCUCGGCGGCGGAGCAGUCAGCUGUGGAGUGACACGGUGGACAACAUGAGCCAUGAGCUCAGCACUAAAGAGAUCAAACGACAAGAGGUAAUCUACGAAUUAACCCAGGGUGAGAAACAGCUCAUAGAGGAUCUAAGCCUCGUAAAAAAGGUGUACUAUGAGCCUAUGCUGAAGUUAGACAUCAUGACAGAAAGUGAGCUGGGACAGAUAUUCGGGACCCUUGAUUCUUUAAUUCCCCUUCAUGAAGAUCUUUUAGCACGUCUUGAAGGUCUUCGUGGAGCUGAGAAGACUGUUCAAGAAGUCGGGCCAACCAUGAUGGAUUGGUUUCCCUGUCUGGAGGCGUAUAUCACAUACUGCUGUAACCAGGUUGGGGCAAAAGCUCUGCUCGAUCAGAAGAAGCAGGAAAGACGGGUUGAGGAGUUCUUGCGGCUAUGCCAGGAGUCAUCCUUCAGCAGAAAGCUGGACCUGUGGAACUUUCUGGACUUGCCUCGCAGCAGGCUGGUGAAGUAUCCUCUGUUGCUGAAAGAGAUUCAGAAGAGCACUCCACUUGAUCAUCCGGAUGAGGAGGCACUGCCACAGGCUAUGAAACUAAUCCAAAGGAUUAUAACAGAAGUAAAUCUUAAAACCGGAGAGGCUGAGUGUCAGUUUUACAGACGGGGGCUUUGCUACGCAGAAGACAGCCAGAGGGUUGCAGAAAUCCAGGCCUCUCGUUUUUUAUACUGUCACGGUGAACUGAAGAGUACCAAAGGACAGAAACUGCACGUGUUCCUCUUUGAGCUGGUGCUGGUUUUGACCCGGCCAGGGGCACAGGACAGGGAAGGACCAGUCCAGUUUCAGGUGUAUCGUCAGCCCAUGCCAGCUGCUCAUCUGCAUCUGGAGGACCUGCCUGAUGGAGAGCCAAGCAGUUCAGGGUCCUUUCGGGGAGCCUUUACGGGCAAUGAUAAAGUCAAGAACUGUUUCCGUGUCAGCACCACAGGACGCUCCAAAUCUCAAUCCCACAGCCUGCAGGCUAAUGACUCCUUCAAUAAGCAGCAAUGGAUUUCAUGUCUGCGGCAAGCAAUGGUCCAGUCACGGGACAGACAGGCUCAAAGCAGUCCCUGCAAUCCAAAUGAGCGUUUAAGCCCUGAGCCGGCACUCUAUAACAACAUCGCUGAACUCAACAUUAACUCUGAUGUGGAGAUGCCCGACACAUAGACCAAGGCUUCUGCUGCUCUCCAGUUUAUUCAUUUUUCCACAAACACUUCCAGUGUGAUUGUGACCGUGACAGCCGACCUUCUCGGGACGAAUGAAAUCACGCAGUUGCUGUUUCACACCCAGUCCCGAAACUGUGAGAAUAGCAUCAUGUAGCUAUAUUUGUAUACUUCAUAUUUGGAUGUUUUUUGCUGUGGAGUGUCAAAUUGGAAGGAAUAUUUUUUCUAUUAGAUUUAUGCUUCUUGCUUUAAGCGAUUUAUUUUUUUAGGUGUGAUAUUGGUUGAAUGGUUAAUGGCAUAUGUGAAUAUCUCUUUGAAUAAUGCAUCAUUCCUUGCCAUCUCAUCUGGUGGGUACAGAAACAACAAUAUUUGUGCAAUCUGAACGGUAACUAAAGUUAUAUGCAGCCAGGCUUUUUGUUAUUGCACUUUGGCGGCGUUAGGGCUAAUAUUAUUGCUUUUAUUGAUAUUAGCUGAAUGUAUUGAUAUUAGCUGAAUUAGCUUAUUUCACCAUUUCUCUUAAUUUAAAGGAACCCUGAGCCAUUUACAAAAAAGGGAUUUGUUCCCACUUUCCUGUCAGUACAUAAUCGUUACCGUUUUGUAUCAAUAAACUGACAACUUCCUUAAAUAUGGACCGGUUUAAUUAUUAUUUUUUUAAAUACACAGUUUACACGAUUUUUGUAAAUGACACAGUUUACAUUUAAAUGUAAUAUGCACCGUUAUUUUACUUUAGGACAGUUAUGCGGUAUGUUGCUGUAUUUUAAAGUUGUAGUGUGAAAAUUACUGUAUUUUACAGUAUAGAUAAACAAUACUGUGAAUACACGUACAGCAAGAUAAAUGGUGCUGUUAUAGUAAAUACAGUAUUUUUGCUGUAAUUUAUUUACAGUAAUUUACUGGCAAAGUGUCACCAUUAAGUUAUUGUAGAUUCUACAGGAAUUUGUUAACAGUGUACUUCUCAUCACAUGUUUAUUUUGGACAGUCAUGUUCUAUAUAUAUAUGUGCAUACUUUCUACAUUCCACUGGCUUUUCCCAAUAGUAGGCAAAUGCAUGUUGUCAUAUUACAUUAAAUAAAAUACAUAUAUGGUUUAAAUCUUA